AUGGUGAAACGCAAGGUUGCUGCUCUUGAGAAGAUUGACGCGGAUUUUGCUAGUCUUCAGUACAAGAUUCGACGAGACCCCAAAUCAUACAUUGACGACUUCCGACGGCAAUGGGACCACUACGAGUCGCAGCGUGAAAUUUUCCUUCACGCUCCGGGGACGGCGUCGGCCGAAGCGACGCAGUCCUUCCACGACCUGGUGGACCUGAUGGCUCACGUGGCCGACUGCUACCCGGAGGAGACCAAGACCUUUCCCGAGGACCUCAAGCUCAUACUGACCGAGCACCACGAGGUGCUGGGGACGGACCUCCGGAGCAAGAUUGUGGGCAGCCUGCUGCUCCUGCGGCGCAAGGAUGUGGUGGACAGCGCCAGCGUGCUGACGUGCCUGUUCCCGAUCCUGGUGGCGUCGCCGAGCAAGACGUUCCGGACGCAGCUGUUCGGCAAGAUCCUGGCCGACGUGCGGAACUCGAACGCUCGGUCGAUCAACCACCCGCUCAACCGGACGGUGCAGACGGUGCUGUACAACUUGGUGACAGCCGACCGGGCGUCGCCGCGGGCCAUCUGGGCCAUCAAGCUGACGCGAGAGCUGUGGAAUCGGCAGAUCUGGACCGACGCCAAGCCCGUCGACGUCAUGAAGGAGGCGUGCCUGGCCGACAACGAGAAGGUGGUGGUCGGCGGCGUGCGCUUCUUCCUCGGCGGCGACAAGGAGCGCGAGGAGCUCGACGACGACAGCAGCGAUGACGAAGACGUCGACCUCUCCAAGAUCCGCCAUCAGCUGGGCAUCAACAAGAAGACCAAGAAGAACAAGAAGUCGUACGAGAAGGCCGUCGGCAAGGUCCAUCGUGCCGAGCGCAAGCGCGAGAGGCCCCACCCCCUCAACUUCUCCGCCCUCCACCUGCUCCACGACCCCCAGCAGUUCGCCGAGCAGCUCUUCGCCAAGCACCUCCAGGGCUCCAAGAACCGCUUCUCCCUCGACUCGCGCCUCCUCGUCCUCCAGCUCGUCACCCGCCUCGUCGGCCUACACCAGCUGACCGUCAUAGCCCUGUACUCGUGGUUCAUCAAGUACCUGACGCCGCGCCAGCAGUCCGUCACCUCCUUCCUGGCCUCUCUGGCCCAGGGCACCCACCAGCUCGUGCCCCCGGACGUGCUGGAACCCCUGAUCCAGAAGAUUGCCAACGAGUUCGUGUCCGAGGCCUCGGCCGCCGAGGUCGCCGCCGCGGGCCUCAACUCGAUACGCGAGAUCUGCGCCCGCCAGCCGCUCGCCAUGACCGACACCCUUCUACAGGACCUGGUCCAGUACCGCAAGAGCAAGGACAAAGGUGUCAUGAUGGCCGCCAAGGGCCUCCUGUCGCUGUACCGCGAGGCCGACCCGGAGCUCCUGCGCAAGAGGGACCGCGGAAAGGACGCCACCAUCGGUCUCAUGUCCGGCACCCUCGGCGGCCGCAAGUACGGCGAGGAGGCCGUCGGCGGCAUCGAGGGCCUGGACCUCCUGGCCAAGUGGAAGGCCGACGAGAAGAAGCGCAAGCGUCUGGAGAAGGGUCUUCCCGAGAAGGCCGGCAGCGGCGAGGAUGACGACGACGACGACGACGAUGACGACGGCUUCAAAUCCGACGAGUGGGAGGUGGCCUCUGACGAUAGCAGCGAUUCUGGCGGCUGGAUAGACGUCAGCAGCGAGUCCGAGGAUGACGACGUGGGCCCCGUCAGCAAGAAGCAGCGUAAGUCGGGUAGGAAGAAGGCGGCCAACGCCGACCCCGACUCUGGCUCCGACUCCGACUCGGACCCGGACAGUGAAGACGAAGACGGGGACGCCGCAGCCGAGAUGGAACGCAUCUCCAAGCUGGCGACGACAACCAUCCUGACGCCGGCCGACCUAGCCAAGCUGCAGGAGCUGCGCACUUCGGCAGCCGUCGAACGGGCGCUGGGCGGCAAGAACCGUAAGAGCCAGCGCCGCAUGGACAACCGGCCCGGCCUGGACUCGACGGGCGCCCGCCGCCACAACGACGACGGCCUGACGGCCGACAACAUCGAGGCCCCCGCGCGUCUGCGCAAGUUGACAAAAGAAGAGAAGGUCGAGCUCGCCCGCGAGGGGAAGCCCCUUCGUGAAGAGCACAAGAGCACACAGGCCAUCAAGAAGUCCCAGAAGGAGGCCUCGGGCAAGAGCACCAGCAACAGGGAGAAGCAGCGAAAGAAGAACAUCUUCAUGACCAUGGGCAAGGCCAAGAGCAAGCAGAAGAGGAGCCUGGUCGAGACGAGAAAGGUCCUCAGGGGUCAUGUUGAGAGGAGUACGAGGGGUGGAAGAAGAAGAAACGGAAUGUAG